AUGAACUACUCGGGUGAUCAUAUUUUUAGACUUUGUCCCCAACUUGGUCUGCGAGCCGUGAUGGAUUCAAACAAUGAAGCGCAAAAAGAAUGGGAGAAAUUCGACGAGGUUUCGAUGGAAGAAUUCUCAAUUGCCAGCAAAGAGGAAUCUCGAAAAGAAGAAGAACCAAGUAGUGUAAAGAAGGAUGAAAAAGUUGAAAUACCUUCUCUAGAUGAAAAAAAAGAAGAAAAGAAGAAAAAUGAGGAGAAAGAAAAAAAGAAAGAGAAUAAAGAAACAGCGGAUCCACUUCAGUCGAAAUCUGAUUCAGAAGAUGAGAUAAGUGUUUCAUCUUCUGCAGAAACAAAACCUCCAACUGCAUAUGAACCUAGAAUUGCGACGAUUUCGCCUGUUGCAUGCAUGCCAAUAGUUAAAACAAAAGCUCCAAUUCCUUUGGACGUAAGUCGAUUGGAAGAAGGCGUGCCAGGAAUAGCAAAAUCCAGUGUCAUCUCCGAUCCAAAAAAUGUGAAUGCGAAGGUACUUGCAACGGUUUUCCCGGAUAAUGUUGUCUGUGACUGGGUCACUCCUCCACACUACGAUGCUUAUAGUAUGCCAUCCAUUCUGGCUAUCGAUAUACCAACACUGAAUGGCGAUGACUACAUUGCGACAAUCAAGACAAUUGUGGAAGAUACUCGAUUCAAGAUGUUUUCCACAAUCUACUCUCGACUGAUUGCCAUCUGGAUGACAUUCUGGAUACUUUCUCUCACAAUCACUUUACUUCUCCAAUCAAAGGGUGGAUGGCCUGUCAUGAUUUGGUGUCUCGUUUGGGCGGUGCUUCUCUUUGUUGGAAUAUACGUGUGUGCGAUGAUAAGAAGAAGAAUACGGAUCGGACUGAAUCACGUUGUUGAGAAAGCAAAUAAGAUAAUUGUUGAUCGACACUUUCUUAUUGGAGUGGAGGAUCGCGGACAAUUGAGUUGCCACAAAACUGUGAUUCACUUCAUCCGAUUCAAUGUUGGAGAAUGCACAGCAGAUGUAAUCAAACAGUUGAAGAUUCGAAAUACUGGAGGAUGUGUAUUUGGAGAAGGUGCACAACCUGAAGUGAACGAUGAAAGUGUUGAACGAGAAGCCGCUGCUUUGAUAUUACAAUACAGCCAAGAAUAUGUAAAGAGCGUUGUUAAGAAACGUAUAAUUUUCCCAAGCAAACCAAUUCACGGAGUUUCCAACUAUACACCAAAGCACUGCAAGACUCAGAUGUGCCUUUGUCAGUUUAUUGAUGAGAGAAAAUUCAAUGCAAAGCCAAAACGCUGGUACGUCAAAUACAUCUAA